AUGAAGUACUCCGUCCCCGUUGUCCUCGCUCUCUCGAGCAGCGCUGCCGCCGCCCCCUUCGGCGACUACCUCGACGCCAUCUUCGGCACCAAGGACACCCGUUUCCCUCCCAUGGGUCCUCCCAUGGGAACUGGUGCACCAACACCUGGCUUCCCUCCAAUGGGUGCCCCAACCCCAGGCUUCCCCCCUAUGGGCGCACCAACCCCAGGCUUCCCCCCAAUGGGCCCUCCCUCCGGCCUCCCUCCCAUGGGCGCACCAACCCCCGGAUUCCCUCCCAUGGGCCCCCCCAUGGGCACCGGCGCCCCAACACCCCCCGGCUUCCCCAUGCCCAUGCCCACCGGCGGCUUCCCAGGCGGUCCCGGCGGCCCAGGCGGCUCCAGCAACAUGCCCCCUUCCUGGCCCGUCCGCGCGCGCGCCGCCCGCAACCUAGCCAUCGACUACCAGCUCGCCCCGCGUCAAGGCGGCGACCUGCCCCUCCCCAGCUUCUCACUCGCAGACCCCGAGAACGGCGGUGGUGCACCUACUCCUACUGAGUCCCCCUCCGGCGGAGGCGAAGAAGCUCCAGGAGGUUUCCCCGGUCUCCCUACUCCCACCGAUGCUCCCGGCGGCGGAUUCCCAGCGCCCACAGGCGGAUUUCCCGGUCUGCCUACUGGUGCGCCUGAGGGACCUGGUGGUGGACCUGGUGGACCGGGUGGUUUCCCGACGGAUCUUCCUUCUUUCCCCAUGCCGACUGGUAUGCCUGGUGGUUCAGGUGGUUUCCCCGGUCUUCCUGGUACUGGCAUGCCUGGUCUGCCUACUACCAUGGAGACGAUGACGCGUGGACCUAAGCCAACUGGUAUGCCUGAACUCCCUGGUCAGGAGGAUGGCCAGCAGGGUCCUGGUGGUGACAACGGGUCUGGUGGCUGGUGGAGCUGGCUUGGUGGAUUGUUUGGCGGUGGUAAGGGAGAUGGCGAGGGUGCUGGAGCUGGUGAGGGUGAGGGUGCUGGAAGUGAAAUUGGUGCUUAG